AUACACAACCCACCGAACCAAAAUUCAAAUUGUACAUUGCAAGACAACAAUAUUUAAAGUCCUGGCUCCCACCAGUCUUCCAUUCUUUCUCUUGCAGUUUUUCAUUUGAUUUAUAAGAUACGAAGUCUUACAGAUAUCUUGUCUUGUUAUUCCUUGCUGCUUGCCAAGUCGUCGCAGUGAAUUCUAUCUGCACAUUUACAAACAGACAAACAAACAAACCAACCAGACCAGAUCCAACUUCGAACAAGAAGAAACUACAGAAAGUCACUCUUUAACAAUUCCAAGCCAUCAACCGUCUCACAUCCUCGACCUUCGAUCUACGAUUUACACACGGAUCUCUCACAUAACUUUCAUGACCAAAGCAAAGAUGCCUCUCCAAUUCAUCCCAAAGCGCGGUCUCAACCGUCGUGAAGUCAUCGCUCUCCUCGUCAUGGUCGGAUCCCAACUCAUCAUCGGCGUCAUGAUGCUCCGAAUCAUGGUUAUCAAUCAAGGCGUAACCAGUGUUGGUAUAGCCGAUGUUCUUCCUACCAUGCAAGCACCAUUCGAAGAUGCGCAUCGCGAAACUCAGAUGAAGAAGAUGAAUGGCGGAGAAUCCGAUGGAGAGAAUGGAAAACUCUCAGGUACAAAUAUCGACUGUGGAAUCUUUGGAAAGGAUGCCAAGAUGCUGGACUUCAAGAUGGGUUUAGGCGUUGAUGUUUCUGAGUAUUUGCUUAGGACUAGAUUCGUCAUUGGUAAUCGUAUCACAUGUCAUCGAAGCUUUAUGGCCGAGAAGAAAACUUGUUUGGUCAAAGGUCUUUGGGAAGUCAUCGAGGGGAUCUCCGAACUGGAAGAGAUGACUUCAGAUUCAAAGGCAGAAUCAGGAUCUGCCGACCCAGCAAAUACGAGCGAUUCUAGCGCGCAACAACUUCUUCGCGACGGUGCUACGGAUGCCGGCAAGACAGAUUGGGAGGUCAUCAAAUUCUCGCAGAAUCCUGCGGAGAACAAUCAAUUCCGCGCCGAGGUUUCGUAUAUGCAAGAUCGAGUUUCUGGAUUCCGCAAGGAGGUCGAGGAGAAAAUGGAGAGGAAUGAUGUGGAGGGUGUGUUGAACAUGGUGAAGCAGAGUCUCAAGGGACUAGGACCCAAUGCGCAAUUCACACCAGGCGAGAAGAGCGAUGGAGAGUCUGAUGCGCAAAGCGCAGAGAAGAUGAAGAGUGCCCAGAAGAGCAAAGACAAAGUUGAUCGCGCACUCGCGGUCUUGCAGGAGAUUUUUCAGGAGAUAAAUGAGGAGAUAAAGGAUACGGAGCGUUGGUUGAAGGAUACAGAGGCGGUAUUGGAGGGCGCUGUGAAUGAGUUUAAGAUGGUUUGGAAACUCUGAGAGGAAGACGAUGACGACGUUAUGUUGUUGGGUUUCAUACGAUAUGAUGUGGUACCCGCGCAGCGCAGGACGUCCAAGGACAUUUGAUCGAUUACUUGCUUGCAUACAACUAGAUUGGUUUACGAUUAUUUCAUUUCAUUUCAUUUCAUUUUUUCUUCUUCUUCGGAUUUCGGUUUCGUCUUGCUCUUUCGACCUCUUUCUUCUGCGCUUGCGUCGAUCGUUCGCUUCUUAGGCUGUUUGACAAGAUGUUCGGUAAUACAAUACAAUACAAUACGACACGGCACGACGACGGAGUGGAGGAAAGAAGGAAAGAAGGAAAGAAGGAAUCAAGAAGACUUUUGUACAAUACAAUACUCCUCACGAACCACACAUGACAAGACGAUAUAAAACACUGCGAAUCUAUCCCAAUGGAAGAUUUGAGGAGGAAAAAAGAAAGGAACCAGAUACUUUUUGUAGUUGU